GCAAGACCAUCGAUGAAUUAAGCGUCUUUACAAGAGUAAUAUUGCUUGGGAUUAGGGACAUGGAUGAAAAGUGUUCACUGGGUUUGCAAGAUUACUUCAUGGACCAUUAAAUAAGGGAUAUUUCAAGAAAAAGCAGAAGGAAAGGGAUGAGAACCUGUCCGAAUCUAAAAGCUUAAAGGGAUCAAGGAUGACUUCUGCCAUUGAGGUCUUGGAGCAGAUCAAUGAUCAGCUUGUGUGUGCAAUCUGCCUGGAUCGACUGGUUGAGCCGCGACUGCUCAUUUGCAUGCACACUUUCUGUACGCCCUGCAUUCAGCGAAUCAGCAACAACGAUGCAUCAGCCUCACUUACAUGCCCGACAUGCCGCAAGGAAACGCCAAUCCCGGAGACUGGGGUCGAGUCCCUUCAUCUGAACUUCUUUGUCAAUCAAAUGCUUGAUGUGGUUCGCCACAAGGCAGACGAGUUGAAAAAAGAAAUCAGAGAAACGCGACGUUGUGAAGGUUGCGAGAACAAUGAAGAAGCCGACGUUGCAACAUCGCGAUGUGUCGACUGUAACAAGCCUCUGUGUACCACGUGUGUCGCCGACCACAAACGUGUCCACGCCACUCUAGAUCACAGAGUCAUCGCCAUCAGUGAAGGCGAAGAGGGGGAGGACCAAGCACUUGACAAAUACAGCCUCACCUUCUGCAAAUACCACACUCGAAACGUCAUCAAGUAUUUCUGCAUCACCUGCGACGAGGCUAUAUGUAGGGUUUGCACCAUCCUGGAACACAGGGAGCACCAAUACGUGUACCCGAAAGAGGCUUUACCACUCAGACGUAACGAUAUACAGGGACUCCUGGAAAAGGCAAAGUCGCGCAUACCUCUACUAAAGGGGACGCUGAAAAAGGUCGAUGCCAUGUCCCGCAGGCUCAAGGAUUGUCAUCAGGCUCUAGCGAAGGAGAUUCACCAGAACACACAGGCGAGAGUGAAGGCGCUUAUUGAGGGAGAGAACGAACUGUUGAAGCAGCUAGCGGGCGUACACCUUGCCAAGCAGAAGGUCCUUGGGCUUCAGAAAGACAGCAUAGAGUUGGAACUCGGCAAGUUGACCGGAUGCUGCGAUUUCGCUGAUAAUGUAUUCAAAUUUGGAAACGAAAUCGAGGUUCUACAGAUGAAAGGACGGCUAGAGGCAUUUAGCGAGAUAGAGGUGAACCUUGAGCCCGAAGAGGACGACACCGUCCAGUACAUCUGCGAUAACUCGACCAUCCCGUCCGUUGUCCAGUCCCUCGGCCAAAUCCGUGCUGCAAGCACAUUUGCGUCCAUCUCCUUCGCUAGUGGUGAGGGCAUACACACGGCACGAGUCAAGGUGGAGGCGCACUUCAAGCUCAUCACCAAGGACAGGCAUGGCAAGCGUAGUAUGGGUGGAGAUAAAGUAGUUGUUGAGAUAAAGCAGCCAGAUGGCAGUGACCUUCCCUGCAGGAUCGAGGACAAAGGAGAUGGCUCGUAUAUGGUGUAUUACAUCCCCGAGGUGAAUGGUCGCCAUCUGGCGCACGUCAUGAUAUCGGACAAGGCGAUAAUGGACAGCCCAUUCACAAUACUCGUCGUUAACCGCAGAGAAUACAAAGAGGUUGGCGGUACAAUCAUGAAGUUCGGACAAUAUGGCAGCAAGAAGCGAGAGUUCAAGUCCCCAUUUGGAGUGGCAAUUGAUAACGAGGGCAGGAUUUAUGUGGCCGACAGCUACAACCACCGCGUACAAGUCCUCGGUACACGUGGUGAAUUCAUAACCAGCUUUGGCAGCCACGGUGAGAGACGAGGCGAGUUCAACUGCCCGACAGACGUCGAUAUCGAUAAUCGAGGUCGCGUCAUCAUUUGCGACAACGGUAACAACCGAGUACAGGUCCUCAACCGUAAUGGCGGAUUCAUCGGGAAGUUUGGCCGCGAGGGUACUGGGAAUGGGUAUUUUAAAUCCCCAUGGGGCCUAGCGGUCACUGCAAACAAUGAGAUUGUUGUGGCCGAUAUGGAGAAUAACCGUGUUCAGAUGUUUUCCCCGGAGGGGAAGUUUAUGAUGAAGUUUGGCAGCCCUGGGGACCGACCCGGCCAGUUCAACGCCCCAGGAUAUCUCUUAGUGAACAACGAAGAUGACCAGAUUUUCGUCUCCGACUCCAAGAACCACCGUAUACAAGUAUUUGACAUGAACGGUGUUUAUAUUCGCUCUUUUGGCUCGCAAGGUGCGGGCAAAGGCCAGUUUAUGCAUCCACGGGGCCUCGCUAUGGACAUCGCAGGGCAUCUCAUCAUCGCGGACAUGGGGAAUCACCGAUUACAAAUCUUGAACUCGGCAGGGGAGUUCGUGAAGGAGAUUGGGUCCGAGGGAAGCGGUGAUGGACAGUUAUCGUUCCCAGAGAGCGUUGCGAUUAUGCCUAACAGCGGGUAUAUUGUUGUGUCGGACCUGAGUAACAAUAGAAUCCACGUGUUUUAGAACGCCGUUGUUCCUCCGUUGAAAGAUAUCCAAAGCCUUUAACUUGGCAUAUUGGCGCCCUUGGAGAAGGCGUGGUUUUUGCGGCCGAAAAAAUAGCGCUCCCUGCUCCGUAUCAUUGGGCAUGACACACUUAUUCUCGUUCCCAGAGCUCCUCGGUCAUGUUUCCCGCCGACACACAACAGCGGAGGAGCUCUGGGAACGAAAAUGAUGACACACUUUGGGACUUCUUCGAAGAAUUAUAUUAUUCAAAACAGAGUUUUUUUUUUCUAUAGGCAUUUUCACCAGUCUAGAGAAGACACAACUGACCAUAGUGUUUUACGACCAUAUUAUCACUGUAGAUAUUUUAACACCUUUACUUACAUAUGGCAGAAGUUGCCGUUACCACCGCCUCGCACGAGGAUUGGUGUGCGUGUCUGCAUGAGAGUACAUAGACACGCUUGUAUAUUUCACUAAAGCGCAUUGCGUAGCAAGCCCAAAGGCUUGGAGACGAUGCUCUCCAUUCUUCUUUCCAUGUGCGCAUGCGCGCGUACAUCCCUGCCUUCUCCUUAUUCUCCACUCCAUCUGCGCAUGCCCGGGGCCUAUGCCUCGUCUCCCUAAGUCCUUUACGCUUGCUACGCAGGCUAUAAUGCGUAAUGACUUGUGAGAGCGUUUUUGCGUUGCGAUUUUUAGAGUGCAUAGAUACGCCACUAUGUUUUGUUAUCAUAUUUGGCUAUAUUUGUUUGAAUCCCGUGCACUGAUUGGUAGAGAGCGUUUCACGAAGGGGCGAAGCGAGGGCUUUUCCAUCCUCGGGGACCAAGGGAGUCGCGGAGAUCGGGCACACAGGGAGCACGGGUCCCCGAGGAUGGGGCUUUUUACAAGAUUUGAAAGCCCAAAUCCCUUCAUAUUUAGAAUAUAAAAUAUAGACAGAAAUUGUUAUAUUCUUUGCAUAUGCUCAAGCAGUCAAACUUUUCUGUAAAGUAAAUAGUGAAAAUGCGUUGGCAAUAUUUAAGUACUUGAUUUUAUUCACUAACAAUUCCAAUAAUAAUUUACAAAAAUAGCUGAGAAACCCAUUAAUCACAUUACCUACACUUGAAUGCAUUUGCUGUAUUCACAUGAUUAUUUUUUUGUGGAAAUAAAACUUCUAAAAACAUG